CGUUACUUUACCCGCUAUCGGGUGUCUACAGCGUUGGUGUGGUGCAUGGAGAUGAAGCUUCUCUCUAGAGCUGAUGCGAUUUACAAGCGUUGGUAGAGUAGACUUAUAUGGUUGUGUGCCUAGGCUCUCUUAGCCGUCUGAUGGCGCCGUUGGGCGUCCCAGUGGUUGGAGAGGAUCUCAAUUGCUCCCUUGUCAAUCCUACAACCAAGGUUGAAGGAUGGUGAAGGGACUACACAAGGCUUAGCUUCUCUUGUCGUUACCUUAAGUUGAUAGGCCGUUGAGAAGUUAGUUGGCCUCUGUAUCUCGUAAUCUACAUGUUAAAUUCAUUUCAUUGCUGCUCAAAACGGGGCUCGGACUCGGUCGGUUUAUUCGGAAGUGCGAGCAGUUAGGCCAUUUAUGAACUGUUGAUAUUCUUCUGAUACGUUUGCUCUUUGACCGUAGUGGACCUUUUCCUCAAUUAUUGAGUACAUGUUCUUCAAAUCAUUCUAGGGUUCUAAUUCGUCCAGAAAUGAUGAGUUCGGAGUUUGCCGCUAUUGGACGAAUGAUUUUGCUUAUGCAAUUACUUCCAGGAAUUCUAGCUUGGGGAAAGGAAGGCCACUAUGCUACAUGCAAAAUAGCUGAGGGACUUAUUAAUAAAGAAGCUGCUGCUGCUGUGAAAGUUCUUCUCCCAGAGUAUGCGGAUGGCGACCUUGCUGCUGUUUGCUCCUGGGCUGAUGAGAUUCGCUUCCACUAUCACUGGAGUGGGCCUUUGCACUACCUAGACACACCCGAUUUCAAGUGUAACUAUGAAUACUGCAGGGACUGCCAUGACUCCUCGGGACAGAAAGAUAGGUGUGUCACUGGAGCAAUUUACAACUACUCAGAGCAGCUAACAACUUAUCAGGACCCUAUUUUAAAACUGAAAUAUAAUUUGACGGAGGCACUAAUGUUCUUGUCACAUUUUAUUGGAGAUGUCCAUCAGCCUCUUCAUGUUGGUUUCACUGGAGAUGAAGGCGGGAACACAAUAAUGGUCCAUUGGUAUCGGAGGAAGGCCAAUUUACACCAUAUAUGGGAUACCCUGAUCAUUGAGUCUGCCUUGAAGGCAUUCUAUGAUUCGGAUCUUGCAGUAAUGAUACAAGCCAUUCAGAGGAAUAUAUCAGAUGGUUGGUCUUCAGACAUCUCAUUAUGGGAAAAUUGUGUUUCAGGAUAUGCUGCUUGUCCAAACCCGUAUGCUUCUGAAAGCAUUAGUUUGGCUUGCAAGUUUGCUUACCGAAAUGCAACACCAGGAAGCACUUUGGAAGAUGAUUAUUUCCUCUCUCGGUGGCCCAUUGUGGAGAAGAGGCUGGCCCAAGGUGGGGUCCGUUUGGCAGCCACCCUGAACCGUAUCUUCACUUCCCAGCCAGCCAUCUCAGAAGUGUGACCCACAGAGGCUAAUAAGAUAAGCUAAAUGAGUGGUCAGCAGCCACAUCAAUUAAAGAUUUCCCAAGAGAAAUGUAUUCGUCUCUUCCAUUUAAUUCCGUUUUGGGUGUUGAAGCACUGCGCAGGUAAAAAACAAAUGACUUUUGACUCUAUCAUAACUCUGGCCCAUUGCAUACACCUGGAGAUUGAAGAUCCUCCCAAAGUACAAUAUCAAACUCAUUAGUUGAUCUUUACGAAACUGAAUGUUUCAUUGUUAUUUUGUAAUAAUUUGAAUUUAAAAUGAGCUUUGAUUCCUUGCACA